AUGAGGGAAGAUAUUCGUCGUCAAAUGAAUUCUGCUUCUACAGCAGAUAUUCCAACGAUGCAAUUUAAUGAGGAACCGUUUGAGGAUCAUUUCGAAAUUGGUGAAGAAUUGGGCAAUGGACAAUUUGCAUUAGUGCGUAAAGUAACAAAGCGAUCAACCGGUGAACAAUUUGCGGCUAAAUUUAUAAGGAAACGGCGAUAUGCGACAUCAAGACGAGGUGUGACACGAGUGAAUAUUGAACGUGAAGUAGAUGUUUUAAGAGCAGUGGGUGGACAUGAGAAUACUAUUGAAUUGUUCGAUGUAUAUGAAUCAUCUAGUGAAGUUAUACUCCUUCUUGAACUUGUAUCAGGUGGUGAAUUAUUCGAUCAUGUAUGUGCAAAGGAAUGUCUUGAUGAAGCUGAGGCAGCCGCUUUUAUUAAGCAAAUAUUGCUUGGUAUUAGGCAUUUACAUCAACAGCACAUUGUUCAUCUGGACAUAAAGCCCGAAAAUGUGAUGUUAAGGCGACGAGGUGAACCAAAAAUCAAAUUAAUCGAUUUUGGCCUCUCCAGACGAAUUCUUCCAGGAACAAUUGUUAAAGAUAUGAUCGGUACACCAGAAUUCGUUGCUCCUGAAGUCGUUAAUUACGAACCUCUCUCUUCGGCUACUGAUAUGUGGGCACUUGGUGUUGUAACGUUUAUUUUAUUGAGUGGAGGAUCUCCGUUUCUUGGUGAAACACGUGAAGAGACAUUUGUGAAUAUAUCAGCAGUGAAUUACCACUUCAGUGAGCGAUACUUUCAGCAUACGUCAAUGCAAGCGAAAGACUUUAUUUCACGACUGUUCGUGCGAGACGCUCGCAAAAGAGCUACUGUUGAUGAGUGUCUGAGGCACCCGUGGAUUUGCGGUCCAGAUGGAAAUGCACUGGAGGAUAUUCGACAUCAAUCAACAAUAUCAAUUGCCCAAAUUCAUGCAUUCAAAAUUCGCUUGAGAUGGAGGAAAGCGAUGGACAUCGUUAUUGUGUGCAAUCGAAUUACAGCCAGUGUUCGUUUAGCUCUGAGAGAAGCGAUCAAGACUGGAAGACCGAUUGAGACACGUUUCGAUCCAGAGGAGUUCAUCGUAUCGGCGAUGUUAAUCGCUUGCGAAGAAGGUAAUCUGCAUGGUUUAGAUCAGCUGGCAACCUUACAUCGAAUCAACUUAAAUGUCUCAAACAGAUUGGGUGAAACAGCAAUGCAUAUAAGUGCUGGAUCAGGGCAAUAUGAUAUUGUACAUUAUUUGCAUAUGAAAGGUGCGGCGUUAGAUAUUGGUGAUCGAAGAGGUGAUACGCCUUUGUUUUGGGCUGUUAGGCAGGGACAUUUGGCUGUAGUGAACUACUUGCUGAAUGAAAAUGUCAACAUCAAUACUGUUAAUAAGAGCGGGGAAACGGUGCUUCAUGUAGCAACUCGGUAUACACAAUUGGAAACAGUUUUAAUAUUACUGGAACGUGGUGCAAAUAUCUCCUUACAAGAUGAACAUGGUGAAACCGCUCUCCAUAUCGCUAGUUGGCAUGGUUACGCUACAUUAUUAGCCGCCUUAUGCAGGUUCGGUCCAUCGUCAUUGAAGAUUAAGAAUAAGGACAAUGAAACUGCACUGCAUUGUGCAGCUGCAAGAGGACAUAUCGAAUGUGUUCAAUCACUUUUGGAUGCGGGUGCGUUUGUGGAUGCUGUUGAUCAGAACGGUCAGUCUGCGCUGCAUUUAGCUUUGCGACGAUCGCAUAUCGAUAUUGCCUUAUUGCUGAUAACAAAAGGAUGCAAACUCGACAUUCAAGAUGAGGUAUGCUAUUUACUCGUUGUAUGUGUGAGGGCACAUUUGUCCUUACCAAAGUCAACAAAAAAUGGAAUGAAUUCUUUUCAGAGAGGAGAAACACCAUUGCAUAUUGCGGCUCGAUUGGAUCUUCUAUCUGCCGCACAAACACUUUGCCAUCUUGGUGCACUAGUUGACGUUGUUAAUUCGAAUUCACAAACAGCCUUACAUAUCGCUGCAAAAGAGGGACACAUUGAGUUGGUUCGUUGUCUUUGUCUGUUUGGUGCAAGUGUUCACAAAAAGAACAAGGACGGACUUACGGCCGAAAUUAUCGCUUUGGCACAGGAGCACACACAAAUUGGUUCGCUUCUCGCCAAAAUGAAAUCGGAUCAAACACGGGAAUUAUACAUCGAACAGUUAUGUGCUCUUGAUAUACCACUGAGACGUAUCAAAUUAAAAAUAUUCGGUCAUACUGGAGUUGGUAAAACACGUUUGAUUUGUGCGUUGCAAAGUGGUAGUGUUAUUGGUUCGCUGAUCGGUGCCGUUCAACGUCGUUUUUCCGAUAAUCCAUCACCGUCUUCGUCAACUACUUCGAGUCCAUCCAGAGGCAUGAUUUCUUUUAUUUACGAAUUUUACUUUCAUCCAUUAUUUUUUAUUCCCCAUUCAGAUGAUUGUUUAAAUGCAUCUGAUGAUACAUUGGAGUCAAAUAACAAUAAUAACAAUAACAACAACAAUAAUGUUAAAUCAUUUCGACGCCGUUGUAUUCCCCACGCGCAAUAUACUCGUGGUAUUGAUGUGCAGAAUGUUACAUUACAAGGAUGUGGCGAAUUCUCCGUGUGGGAGUUCGGUGGUUACGAGCCAUAUCACAUGGCAUACGAUCAUUUUGUCGGUAAUACAGACUGUGUGCAUGUUAUUGUAUAUCGUAGUACUGAUCCAACAGAGGUUCAAUACAAGCAAGUUUUAUAUUGGAUGAAUUUUCUGAAAGGACGAGUCACACCGAGUGAACCGAUUGGCCAUUGUGGAAUUAUUUCGCGACGGAGUAAGGUUGUCAUUGUUGGUACACAUGCAACCGAUGCAUUAUUUCCGCAGAAAAACGAUGAUGGAGAGUACAUCUCAUCAGAUGGUGAUGCGAUGCUGAAAACAGUUCGAUUACGAUUCGAAACACAUUUCGAUAUCAACGAGCAGCUCAUCCUUCUUGAUUCAACUCAUUCCAAUUGUCCCGGUAUGAAAUCGUUGAAGGCUUAUCUGUCGAAAGCACGCGAAACGAUUCUCAUGCGACUUCAAAAGCCAAUGGGACUGUUAGAUACGUGCGUGCAAUACUUAUCAAGUGUGCGUAAGCAGCAUGCGCAUUUUCCAGUGAUCACAUGGCCGUAUUUUACAACGAUUGUUCGUAACGAUGUUAAUCCUCUUGCUGGCGAUAGCCAUUGUCGUCAGUUGAUACAGCAACUUCAGCUCAUUGGUGAGGUUGUUUACCUUCGCGAUGAAACGUCCGAGUUGGAUUAUGUUGUCUUGUCGGCUGAAUGGUUAGGCACUCAUAUUCUUGGUAAUUUACUAUCCGCUGAAUUUCUGUCAAGAUGUCAUAUAAAUGGAUGUUAUUCAAUUGAUGAUUUCACACCAAUUUAUCCGGAAAUUGCGGAACCAGCUGAUUUAUUACAUAUUCUUGAUACCUUACAAUUGUGUGCACCAAGCGAUUCAAAUGGUGAAGCUGAAUUCGAAUUUCCAGCCUUCAAUGUCUUAGAUCCACCCAAAGAUGUGUGGCUUCGCGAUCGACCCUCAUAUGUGUACGGUGGUGUACGUGUACUUCCAAUGCGAGGCAUGGAACGCUCUUUGCAAAGUACUUUCCCACGUAUACAAGUGGCUUUACGUAGAUCUAUGCAUGAUUUUCAGGAUCCAAUGGAUGCUGAUCUAGUUCAGUGGUUAGCAUGUAGUAAAAUGAGUUCGGGUCAAAUGGAAGCGUUGAUUCGUUUACAUGGUGACGCGGUUGAGGUGCAAGUUCGGGGCCCUUGUGAAUUAGCCACUUCAUGUUUCUACUUUCUCGAAGAUAUUACGAAUUUAGUCGAACAAACAGCCCAAGAAGUCGCACCAGGAAUUUCACUUGAACGUCACUUCCUUUCACCGAAACAUUUACGUGAACACGUUGUGAAUGCAGCCGUAUAUGCACCAGAAACAAUAAUGGCAAUGCAGCAAGCUGAAUCGUUAACAAUUCGUAAUAAUCAAGAAAGCGAAGAACUUUUCACGGAUGUUGUUUGUUUCGGAUCGAGGGAUGUGGCCGCUGUUUUAACUUUAGGUAUCGACGUGGGUGUUGCACAAUUGCAGUUAGCAUCUAGAUGUGAAUUAGCUGCUUUACUGGAUCCAGCGGAUGCGAUGGGUAGAGACUGGUCGAUAUUAGCGGUGAAGUUAUCGUUAACAGAUCAGUUACCAGAAGUUGAUUCAACCGGACAAAGUCUUUCAAGAACGGAUCAAUUAUUGGCGGAAUGGGCUCUGCAGUGUCCUGAAACGGCAACAGUUGGACGUUUGUGUAGUGUACUUGAAGAAUUGGGCAGACAAGAUGCAAGGGAUGCAUUGUAUAGAACUGUACCACUGUAUUUAUUCGCUCCACUCGAGGAGCAGCCAGUUACUCAUCUAACAGAAUGUGCUGAUUCUGGGGUUGUUUCGUCAACUCAGUCAACUACAGAUCCUCGCUCUGCAUCAACACUUUCACGAUAG